CUUGGACCUCUUGCACUCAUCAUCAUGCCUCCGAAAGCUGACUGGGAAAAAUACCAGAAGAAGGUCGACGAGAAGGAGGAAAAGAUUGUAGCUCUUGACGACAGUGAUAUUCAAAUUUUGAAGACCUAUGGACAAGGACCUUAUGCACAUACGCUGAAGAAAGUCGAGUCCGACAUCAAGGAUAUACAGAAGCGCAUCAAUGAGAAACUAGGCGUCAAGGAAUCAGACACCGGUCUUGCUGCACCUAAUCUGUGGGAUCUUGCCGCCGACAGGCAGAGGAUGUCUGAGGAGCACCCUUUGCAGGUCGCACGGUGUACAAAGAUAAUACCCGUCGACCCCAAAUUGGCAGAUGCUGCUAAGGCCGUAAAUCCUCUGGGUGCUAUGCAAGGUCAGAAGGGCGCGGAUGAACAAGACAAGUAUGUUAUCAAUAUCCGUCAGAUAGCCAAGUUUGUCGUUGGACUGGGCGACCGGGUGGCUCCCACAGAUAUUGAAGAAGGCAUGCGCGUUGGUGUCGACCGGACAAAAUACCAAAUACAGAUCCCCCUUCCGCCAAAAAUUGACGCCUCUGUCACAAUGAUGCAAGUUGAGGAGAAACCGGAUGUCACUUAUUCAGACGUCGGAGGUUGCAAAGAGCAGAUCGAAAAGCUUCGAGAAGUUGUUGAAACACCUCUUCUAUCACCUGAACGUUUCGUUAAUCUUGGUAUCGAUCCUCCAAAGGGCGUUCUCCUCUUUGGGCCUCCAGGAACCGGUAAGACGUUAUGCGCUCGUGCAGUCGCGAAUCGGACAGAUGCGACCUUCAUUCGUGUCAUUGGAUCUGAGCUUGUCCAAAAAUACGUCGGUGAAGGUGCACGUAUGGUUCGAGAGCUGUUUGAAAUGGCCAGGAGUAAGAAGGCUUGCAUCAUCUUCUUUGAUGAAGUGGACGCUAUUGGUGGUGCGCGUUUUGAUGAUGGCGCUGGUGGAGACAACGAGGUGCAGCGGACCAUGCUUGAGCUUAUCAACCAACUAGAUGGGUUCGAUCCAAGAGGGAACAUCAAAGUGCUCAUGGCUACCAACCGACCGGAUACCCUGGACCCUGCACUUAUGCGACCCGGACGAUUGGAUCGUCGAAUAGAGUUUUCUCUGCCAGACAACGAAGGACGGGCCAACAUUCUCAAGAUCCAUGCUAGAAGUAUGAGUGUUGAGAGAGACAUCCGUUUCGAUCUAAUUGCUCGACUAUGUCCCAACACAACUGGUGCCGAGCUGAGAUCCGUUGCAACAGAGGCUGGAAUGUUUGCCAUUCGUGCCAGGCGGAAGGUGGCCUCAGAACGCGAUUUCCUGGAUGCCGUAGAGAAAGUUGUCCGACAGGGCACCAAGUUUUCCAGCACACGGGCGCCGCCAGCAUCGUCAGCAGAGAUCAGCAAAUUGCUGGAACGUUACAAUGCUUCAUCACCGCCGCCACCUCUAAAUCUGUCUCAACUAAUAUCCUUUGGUCGACCAUUGACUGCAGAAUCCGUUCUCCAGUCAAGCCAGUUUGUGUUGUCCAAAAUACCGCGAGCGCUCGCAUUCCGUAUCCAUUCGUUGGAGACGCUGCCGUUCAUCGUUGGUACCAAUCCCUUCAUAGCGAGUAUCUUGAACGUCCACCGCGAAAGCUUUCAAUUCCUUGCAAACUAUACUGUUCCCAAGACCAUAGAAGAUAAUGCUAUACUCGCUGAGGAGCUAAAGAUGUUGGUAGAGAUUCAUGCUAAUGAUAUUCCGACAAUGGCGAAAGGGUUUCAGGAAUGCUCUCGAUAUCUAUCACCUACGCAAGUUAGCCAUUUUCUCGACGGCGCCAUUCGAAACCGGAUAUCGGUGCGGUUGAUGGCAGAGCAGCAUAUUGUCCUCUCAGACGCACUCGAAAGCCAGAGCCAUACCAGCCCAGUAGGCGUUAUCGAUAGGAUGUGUUCACCGGCACACAUGAUUCGCAGUUGCGGUUCAUUUGUCAAAGAGCUCUGUGAAGCGACGUUAGGGGCAAGUCCAGCUAUUUCGAUUAAUGGAGUCGUUGAUGCCACCUUCCCUUAUGUCCCUGUGCAUCUGGAAUAUAUACUAACAGAAAUCCUCAAGAACUCCUUCCGUGCGACUGUCGAACACCAUAGCAGGCAAUCUCAAUCCUCCAAGGUUCUCCCUCCCGUUGUUAUCACUCUAUCCCCUCCGCUAGCUGCGCCAAUCUCAGCUCCGAAGUAUUUUUCUUUGCGAAUUCGCGAUCAAGGGGGCGGAAUAUCUCCUACGAACAUGCUACGCAUAUUCUCAUACGCGUUUACCACCGCUGGCAGAAAUGCAGAUGAAGACGAUAGCGCGGGGGGACCAUAUGCCGCGCAGUACAUCGGCGGUAGCGCUGCCAUUGGAGAUGCAAAUGACGAAGGCAGUCUCUUCGGUGAGAUAACUAAGAAAGGCCUACAAACGGGUAUGGGAACCAUCGCAGGUCUGGGCUAUGGUUUGCCGAUGAGUCAGCUCUACGCCAAGUAUUUUGGUGGUACGCUGGAUUUGAAAUCGUUGGAAGGAUGGGGCAGCGAUGUAUUUGUGAAGCUUCGAUGCCUGGACGAGUCUAUUUAAAUUUACAAAUGUUCCGAACGCGGGCCGCAUACGUUUUUGUGUGUUGAGUAUCUCAGUUAGAUACUCAACUACAGUUACUUAUAUACAACGAUAUUUGGUUGGCUUUCCGGAAUGUUUGCAUCCUAAGGAUCUGUGUACAACUACACUCUGUUAAUCCAUGAUG